AGACGUUUAGACAGUGUUAUCAAACAUAAUUAUAAUUGUUGUUUUGUAUAAGUUAUCGAUGUAAACAAGUUUUAAGUAACUCCGUACUAUGGACCUUCGGGAACUAUUUUUAGGCCCGCGUGGAGCCGUUUGAUCCAUUGAACAGUUGUUAGUUAGACCGAGCGACCGUGCAGUGCCGGUGCAACCAAAAUCAGCCAAAAAUGAAUUCGUUCCAAUAUUUAUUUAUUAUAAUGGUAUUAUUAGAAAAUAAUUUUGCGGCGCCAGCGCAAGAAGAAACGCAUCAAUACAGGUUGUCCGACCCUGUUAAUAAAUGCAGCCAUCGCCUGUCGCAGAUGAUAGCGAACUUAUGCAAUAACAUGUACAAAAUUGUGAAGAGAGACACACGUUCAUCGAUAAUGAUAGAUAAGCUAGUCCCAGAAGAUCUCCACGAGCACGUGAAGCGCGCGCGGUUGAAGCGGUGGCGGCGCGUGCGGCGGCAGGUUGCCAAGGAGUGCUGCGAGCGGCCCUGCACGGUCAGCAACUUGCUCAUGUACUGCCCCGCGGAGUCGGAGGUUGUCAAAGAGCACCCUGACAUAUUUGGCUGAUUGUAACAAGAAUGGUGCCAAUGGCCCUGCACGGUCAAUGCUGUAUUAACCCGAAGACAAGCACUGGAGAUAACCCUGACAUUUUUUGGCCGUGCACGGUCAGCAAC